AUGGAAGAGAAUAAUGAAGAGCUGAUAGAAUUAAAACUGAGUUUACUAAACACUGAAGAAAAUAAUGAAAUUGAAAAAUAUAUUAAUUUGGAAAAUAAUAUUAGAACAAUAAAUCGAUUGAGUUCUGAUGGCCGUGUAGCAUUACAUUUUGCUCAUUACUCUAGAAAUAACGAAAUAAUUCAAUUCUUCUUUACAAAUGAGGCAUUUACAUCAUUGGCAUAUAUCUCAUCUCAGUUAACACUGUAUGAUAAAUCGAAAAGAAAUGAAAUAAAACAAUUAUUUUUAAAAACUUAUAAUUUACAUAAUUUUCAAGAAGAAAUUCCAGAUAAUAAUUAUAUUAUUUGGUCAAUAAGUGAUGAUAAUUUAAUAAAAAAACGUAAAGAAUUUCGAGAACAAAUUGAUUUAUACAAAACUUAUGGUAAUCAACAUCGUGAUUUAAUAACAAAAUUAUUAAUUGAAAUAGUUGAAUAUUAUUUAAAUGAAUAUUUAAUUCAACAAGAACGUUUCUCAAGAGACCAAAUAGAAAAAAUAAGAGAUUGUUUUACAAAAGCCAUUGAAGAACAAAAUUAUUUAAAGUAUUUUAUUCAAGCUUAUACAUUCACUGAUAGUUUUCAUCGUGUUUUAAAUAAACAUCUCGCAUUAUAUAUAUUACAUUAUUUCGAUACACGACCUUAUUCUUCUACACCAGCAGAGUAUCGUCUAAUUAAUUGUUUAGUACAUAUUGUUACAUUAUUAAUUAAUCAUCCCGAUGUGCGCCAGUAUAAAUAUAAAGGUAUCACUUAUCGUGGUUUAUUAAUGAAGAAAAGUGAUUUAAAACCUUAUCAUAUUGGUAAUUAUAUAUUAAAUAAAUCAUUUGUAUCAACAUCAAAAGAUCGUGCAGUUGCUCGAAUGUAUGCUGGCACUGAACAAGAAAAUGUUUUAGGUAAAAUUUCAAAUCAUCAUGAUUCAUCAGAAGUACCUGUUAUCUUAAAAUUUACAAUCAAACAGGAUGACACAGGUGUUGAUAUAAAACACAUGUCAAUGGUGGAAGAUGAAGAAGAAGUAUUAAUAUUACCAUUUUCAGUAUUUCAAGUUAAAGAUAGAAUUGAAAAUGGUUCAAAUACAGAUUGGCCAGGAUUAAUUGAAAUAGAUUUAGAGCAAUGCGAAGAUAAUGAACAAAUUAAUAAUAAAACCCCAAAAAGUAAGUAG